AUGGAUGAGGGGAUGAACGUUUCUGAUUUGUCAAAAACAUCACGGUGGGCCCACCAUGCUUCCCGUGGGAAGUUUCGCGCGAAAUGCAAUCCGUCUAAAUACCGGCUAGGCCGGCAAGAAACGGACGGUACCUUAUCGGAAUUUUUGGGGUUUCAUUCCCUGUCCAUUCAUUCGGGAUAUGAAGCAUCAGAUCCAGAGUUGCUGCCAGAGGGAGUCAUCUUCCAACUAAAGACACUUCCGGUGGGUGCUAGAUUUGUGGCUGAUGGAGACACCAUCACCGUUUUUGUUGACACGAGUGAUUCGAGGGAGUCGUUGAAUGUUCCUAAAGGAGUAAAAGAAGCUCUACUCCUAAGAUCCCAAGCUCGGGCAGCCAAGCAAUAUAAUGAAGCUGAUGACCUUCAUAAGAAGAUUAUGGAGGCCGGUUACAGAGUCAUGGCUGGUACAAAAAGUAAGGAAAUACUGGCAAAAAAAUAUCGCAUCAGACUAAGGGGGAUUGAUGCACCCGAAAGUCAAAUGCACUUUGGUAAAGAGUCGACGGAUUGGUUGAUAAAGUUAGUUCAAGGCAAGGUUCUCAAAAUAAAUGUUUAUUGUGAAGAUCGAUAUAACAGAACUGUUGGGGAUAUAUACUGUGGCGGUAAAUUUGUCCAGGAAUUCAUGCUAAAAGAAGGUAUGGCGUGGCAUUAUCAUCAAUACGACAAACGCCCUGAGCUUGCUAUGUGGGAAAAAGAAGCCCGUGAAGCGAAAAUCGGGUUAUGGAGUGUAUCAGACCCUGAGAAACCAUGGGAUUGGAGGAGAAAGCAACGAGAAGCGCGUGAGAUUCAUCAUUAGUGAUGGAGAUGAAGAAUCGAUGUCCUUGUCGGAAAAGAUCUGUUGGAUCCUAUCAGGUUAUAGGUCUAGAAGAAUUAGAGGUAAUUUUUAUUUUUACUCAUAAUCAUUUGCUUAAUUUUUUUUCUUUUCAUUUUUCAUGUAUUUUUAUUUUUUUAGAGAGAAUUUGAUCACCAAGAUACGUGGAUUGUAGAGAAGAAGAGAAGUCAGAUUCGAUCCUGCAAAAGCUGUCCAUCACAACAUGGUGAAGUCGAUGUACCGAUUAUACAAUUUCUUUUGGCAGAAGGUAGCAAGAGGAGGAUGGGUACAAGAUAGCAUGCGUCUUCAAUCUCUGAAUUGAAAGAAGCCUGUCCAAGCCAAAGUCCCCUGUAAUUUCUUGGCUCGAUCUAGUAAUGCAACCAGAGCCAAGUACACAUCUGAGGUGGGCCUGCUCAAAUCUUAGGGACAUUUUUGCUAUCGAUUCAGUGCACCCCUGUGGGGCAGAAGUAGUAAUGAAGAUAGUGACUGGUCAUGUUUGGUAACUUCCAACCACACUGCUACCGCUCAAAAAAGCUAAGAGGAGUGCUGGAGACAUACACAACAACCACCGUCCUUACAUAGAUCUCUCUAGUUCUUAGCCUUUUUACAUUACUUGCGUUAUAUAUAAUAGAGAAAACAAGAAUGCCUCCUAAUAUAUGGGCAUUACAAACAAAUUCCAAUGUAUAUGUUUGUCAAUGUAUAAUCAGUGAAGCUCUAUUGGCCUACAAAGAAAGUCUCUCCAUCCAUACCACUAAAUGUGGCUGCACAUGCCAGCAUCUUGCACACUCAGCCUCACUCACAAAUGACCCAAAUUCCCUUUUCUUUCUAUACAAACCCACCUCGUGGUCUCUAAUAAUAUCAAGAUUUGUUAACCCAUAAAAGUAAUUCCAUUAAAAAAAUUUGCCUCCACUGCUUGUUGUAUUUAUAGUGUCUUCAAAAUAAACAUGUUUUUU